CUCACCAUCAAUCUAACCUCACACAACCUCGAGCCUUGAAUACACACCCUCGCUACCCACCUCGCCGCCGGCCAGCAUGAGCGCUGAGCAACAUCUCGACUCCCUAGACGAGGUUGCGUCGUCGUCCUCGUCUUCCCUCCUCGUCGCCCGUCGUCCCCCAUGGACGUCUCCUGGCUGGCGUCCACCCACCGAGGACACCCUUCAGCCCGGCUCCUCAUCAUCAUGGAUCGGCGGAGGUCCCAUCGGCGGCGUGCCAGAGCGCAAUCGUCCUGCCACACCAGCAGAGCUAAGCGCUCUAGGCUCACAGGUGUGGAGCAAGGCGGGCGGGUACCCGGUCGAGGGAUUGGAGAAGGCUAAGCUGGGCGGCGGCGAGUCCAGCUCGCAUGGCUCUUCAUCAUGGUCGCCCUCGACGUCUCCCGGCGAAGGCAGCAGCAGCAGCGGUAGCUCAGAAAAUUCCUCGAUGAUCGAUCCGAACCAGUACGACCUCUCUCGGACUCGCGCUUUCACUUGCAGAGCCCUGAGUGAGUGCGAGCCAUGCCCUCCUCAGACUAGAGGGCAUCCUUUCUGUAGGCCAUACGGAAAUCGCAGAAUGGUGGCUUGUCGGGCUGUAUACGAUGGGGUGAGCGCAGUGGGAGGUGGUACGAGCGGGACCGGCUUGAGCAGGCGUGAGGAACAAGAUGACUUCACAAAGAUGAUGAGGGACCCCGGCGGGGCCGAAGGAAUACAGGUAAUCUCGGCAGCCUCCGGUCUCAGAGCACCACCGGGGCAGCAGCAGAACAAUCUUCCACAGCUUCCAAGCGACGUCGAUCUCAUAGGCUGGGAAGCGUGCGGUAAAGUCGUACGCAACGAGACGCGCGACUACCUCGAGUUCGUUAUGAUCCUCGUCCUUCUCGCCCUCUUCUCUCUGCAAAUGCUCAUAAGGCGCAACCGUCAGCUGUGGGAGAAGGUUCACUUCGAAGGGAGCCCGUCGUCCGAUAAUGGCGCUGGAGAAGGAGGGUCAGGCAGGCUUCGUACAGGGGAUGGGCAGAGGAGGGCUAGGAGGACGAAGGCGGUUAGGAGGGCUAGAUGAGCGGGGCCAGCGGCCCAGUGGGGGAAAUGGGUGCAGAUGUAGUUGGUGAAAGAACGGGAGGGCAGAGGUGCGUAGAGGUUGUCAAGCAGCGUCGCAAGGUCACAAAUACCCUUCAACAUCCAUAGAUCAACCUGCUCAGGGAGCGCUCAUCGUGCGUACCGAGUCGCAGUCCACUGUCUGCCCCUCUUCAGAUUUCGUCAAAUCCCGUUUUCGCCGCAGGGCCAUGCCAGUGGACUGUCCGUUGCUGCUGUGAUUGGGCUAUAUUGAAUCCUGCGCCAACAGUCGUGAUGCAAGGCUCCCAGCCCCAUAGGCCAUGCUACUGCCUCUACAUCACCCGCAUUGCUCGCUGUAUCCCCCC